UGCCACUGUACUUUAGAAAAAUUUGGAAAUAAUAACAGCAUUUUAGUAUUGUGUAAUAUUUUUCUAUGAAUCUUGUCUGUACUAAGUCUUAAGUAACCCAUCUUUAUUCUAAUCUUCUUUAGAUAUUAGACUGAUAAAUGGAGAUAAUGUGUGUUCUGGAAGAGUGGAGGUUUUAAAUAAUAAUCAAUGGGGAACUGCCUGUGAUUCUGGCUGGGAUUUAGCAGAAGCUGCAGUGGUGUGUAAUAGUAUGGGUUGUGGGCUUCCUGUAGCAGCAAAGACCGGAGCUUUCUUUGAGCAGGGUUCAGGAUCCGUGUGGCUGGAUGAUAUGAAAUGUUCAGGGAAUGAGUUAACAGUAAAAAACUGUCCAUCAAAGGCAUUAGGAACAAGCACCUGCAGCCAUUCAAAAGAUGCUGGAGUCAUUUGUCGAGAUAUAAAGCUGGUGAAUGGUACGAGUCCAUGUAAUGGCAGACUUCGGGUUCUUUAUAAUAAUCACUGGGGUUCAGUUUGUCACACUGGCUUGGGUUUGGAAGAGGCUGCAGUUGUGUGUAAAGAGCUGGGCUGUGGGGACCUUGUAGAGCCACUGUCAUAUGUUGGUCCAUUUGUUGGGCCAAUAUGGAUGGAUAAUCUUGCAUGUACUGGAAAUGAGUUAACAGUACGGGACUGUUCAUUUACUGGAUAUAAUGUUAGCAGUUGUUCUGAUGGACUUUACGCCGGAGUUAUUUGCAAAGGUAAGUUCAUUUCUUAAGCACUCUUUAAGUAACAAGCAAUAAAGAAUAUGUAUUAUGAAAGAUGCUUGUUAUUUUGAGGCUUGAUACUGAAAAGGUUCCACUACCAAUCUGUUAAAUGUUUACUUCAAAUUGCAUUAGAUAGUUUUGUCCAUUUAC